AGAUCAUGAAUGUGUGCCAGUUGUGAAUUUCAUACGGAGCACGAUAUACAAAAAGUGUUCGGAUAGUGCCAAAAGGAAGUAAAGAGGUACCAUGCGUAUGGCAAAUUUUGAAAAUGGCAACAAAAAAUGCAGAAAAGAGUGAUGAAGAUCUUAAAGAGAAAAGUCGGGCUAUCAUGAAACACUUCAAGAGGUCUAGUGAUCCAGAUUCCUCGCACAACUCGAAGGCUGAAAAGAGACGAGGGCAUCCGAUAGACAAGGGUUACGCUUGGGUUGUUUUAGUGGCUUGUUGUGUUGCCGUUUUUCUCAUCACUGGAACCUUCAAGUCUUUUGGGGUUUUGUACGUCGAACUUAUCACAGUGUUUCAUAGCAACGCCACAAUGACAUCUGUCGUUCAAGGAUUACUUAUAUUCAUGUAUAGUUUUGGAUCGGUGUUUGUCUGUCUCUUUGGUCUGCGAUUGUUUCCAUCUCGUACAUGGGUUAUCAUUGGCGGUAUCUUCUACUUCUGUGGAUUUCUUACAAGCAGCUUUGCAGAAUCGGUGGAAUUCUUAUUCUUCAGCUAUAGUUGUUUAAUUGGUGCAGGGAUGGCGCUUUCAUUUUCUCCCAUUAUAGUCACUGUGGGGACAUACUUUGAUGAGAAAAAAGGGUUUGCGAGUGGACUACUAAUGUCAAGUGGAAGUCUAGGUGCUCUGGUGAUGGCUCCAUUUUUACGGGUACUGUUAAACCUGUAUUCGGUUGAAGGUGCUCUCUUAAUAAUAGCGGCCGUUGCCAGUCAUAUCAUUGCUUGUGGGCUGUUGCUCCGUCCUACUCCAUUUUACACAGGAAAGAGAAACAAAGCUAGCUAUGAGUCCGAUUGUUCAUCCACAGAGGAACAAGGGCCGUUAGUAGAUUCUCUGACCAGGGACAGCGAUCAAUUUGAUCGACUCUAUUCAUCUGAUCCCAACAUUGUUCUUAAGAAUGGGCAUUUUCAGCAAGUGGAUUGCCCAAAACGGAGAACGAGUAAUGAAGUCGUUUCUGUGUUUCAGCCAAAUGACUCCAAAGGGCGUAGUCUGAAUUUUGAACGUCAGGGGUCAGCUGUAGUGAAUUCCACAAUUGGUAGGAAAAGGAUAUUUAACAUCAAGAUAUUCAAAAACACGUCGUAUUUACGACUUCUGUUUGCAUACACCAUUGGCUUUAUAGGCACUUCUCUCCCACAAGGCUAUUUACCUGCAUUUGCAAUGGAACAAGGAACAGACAGAACAGAUGCCGCCUGGCUUAUAACCAUCAGCAGCUUUGCUGACUUAUUAGGACGAAUUACCAUCGGUUGGAUCUCCGACAAAAAACGGAUCAAGCGUAUUUAUUUGAUUGCCAUCAGUAUGGUCGUUAGUGGUGUUGUUCAGUGUUUAUCUCCCUUUUACAAAAAUUAUUUGAGUCUCGUGUUCUUUAGCAUGGUCUAUGGGUUCUUUUCAAACUUUAUAUCGGCCCUGUAUUUCCCCGCACUGCUGGACAUUCUGGGACUUGACGAUUUCCGGUGCGCUCUCAGUGUUUUGUACGUUGGCUAUGGUAUCAUUAGCGGCUGCGCUGCGCCAUUUAUCGGUGACCUAAAGGACAAGUCCGGAACCUAUGUAACGUGCUUUUAUCUGUUUGGGGCAGCUCAUAUAAUCUCCUCGGCUGUAUUAUUUUCUGAAUGUUUGUCAUGAAGAUUAUUUAUGAAUGGAAAUACCGGGUAUAUAUAUAUUUUUUAAUUAAAUGGUCAGUUUUGUAAUUUAUUUUGUACGUGGAAUAAAAUUAUGAAUAAAA